UCGACAACCGGGUAAGAAAGGAGGGGAGGGAAGCACCAGAGCAGGAGGGAAAGGACUUAGGAGCAUUGAAACAGAGGGAGAAAAAACAACAGAAUGAACUAGUGUUUGAAUAAGGAGAUUCAAAACGGAUAUCGGUGCGUGGAGCAGAUCCAACUGCAGAGGGCAAGUUCAGCUUUCUAAAAGUGGACCAGGGAGGCCUGAACACUCCACCUGUGAUUCCUGGGUAAUCAGCCUCAGGGCAGAGGACAGCUUUUGUUUCUUCUUCAUCACCAUGCAGUGUUCCACCUGACUGACCUUUAAGCUCACUUCUAAAGAGUCCGGAUGAAUCGCUGCAGUUAGAGAGCUCACUACCAUCAGCAUGCAAACUGUCUGCAGUAGCAUAUCAUGAGCAUGAGAGUUUAAAUAAGAGGCACCCAUUGACAUCAUUAGGCAAGAGCUGUCCAUCACAGGAGAUAAGCCAGCAACAGUUUCUAAUACCCCGCUCGCUCUUUCUGUCAGUAAUUAGGCAGGUGCCAGCAUGGAUGUGGAGGACGAGGCGCUGCUGUUUGGCACCAGCUGGGGAGAUGAGGAGGAAGAGGAGGAGGAUGGGGAGACGCACGCUGCGGGGCAGAGCUGUUUGUCGGGGAGUGAAGGGGUUUGUGGGGUUUGGAGUGGAGUGGGGUGGGUGUACACACAACCCUGGGCCAGUGGGGUGGUUUUAGGGGUAGCAUUCCUCAUGCCCUCUGCCCUGUUCGCCUACAUGCUGCUCUACUGCCCUCCUCUGGACAUAGAUCUCUCCUACAGUGCCUUUGAGGUUCACAGUCACUUCUCAGCUGAGCGCUUUGAUGCUCUCACUGUUGCUGUGAGGACUCAGCUUGGGUCUUGGGACAGACGCAGGCGGGACAUAGAGGACAAGGAGUCUGAGGCUCUAAAGGAGCUUCUCCUGGAGAAGCUGGAUGAAAAGGGGGUUUUCAACUGGACAGAAGGGAAGAAGGUAAAGUCCUCCUUUCAACCAGACAACACUUUAAGAACAGAAGGUGAUCAGAGAGGAGAAGCAGAAACUGAGCCUGACUCAAGUAUGGGAGGAAUAAAGAUGGACAAGAGCUUAAGUAACAGAGCUGAAGAGGAACAGGGAUUAAAAGAUGGAAAUUCCUCCUUCUCACUCAUUAGGAGGCGCAGAUUUGCUCCUAAUUACUACAUGCAGAGCCAGGCUCUGUGGAAGAUUGAGCUGGUUUUUGUAGCUCAGGGGAAAGGUGAGCGCAACAUCUUCACCCCAGAGCGUCUGGAGACAGUUCACCAUGUGGAGCGUCUGCUCAUGCAGCAUCCUCAGUUUCAUCAGUUCUGUUGGAAACCUAUGGAGAUAUUAAGGGAUCUGCCUCUGGGGCCUUCUUAUUGCUCCCCACCCAGCUCACUUCUGUCUUACCUCUACCCCAGUGAGAAGGCGGGGAAGAUAUACUAUGAUGGCAUGGGCCCAGAUCUGGCUGAUAUUCAAGGUUCCCUGAGUCUGGCCAUCACCCACCCACAGUUCUACUGGUACGUGGAUGAAAGUCUCUCCCCUGAGCAUCUCUCUUCAGCCCUUUUACGCAGUGAGAUCCACUUUGGAGCUCCCCUGCCGUCCUUCUACUCCCUGCAGGAUCGAGCAGAUGAGCAAAGAGCUCGCUUCAAAAACUUUGUGGUUCAGUAUGCAGGCAUGCUGGCCAAGCAGUCUACCAGUGAGGUGAAGGUGCUGUAUGGGGGGACGGAGCUGUUUGAUGAUGAAGUGAGACACACCUUUUAUAAUGAUAUGAUGCUGGCUGUCAUCAGCGGAGCUUGCAUCACUGCGCUCGUCUACUUUCUCACCUCCUUUUCUGUCUUUCUGACGUUCUUUGGACUCGCCAGCAUCGGAUUGAGCUGCUUGAUGGCUCUUUUUCUCUACCAUGUUGUCUUUGGAGUGAGGUACCUCGGCAUUCUCAACGGAGUGGCAGCGUUUGUCAUCAUUGGGAUUGGUGUGGAUGAUGUGUUUGUGUUCAUCAGCACCUUCAGACAGGCCUCCCAUCUACGGCACCCUCAGGAGCGAAUGAUCUACACCAUAAAAACCGCCGGCAGGGCGACGUUCCUCACCUCCUUCACGACUGCAGCUGCCUACGCCGCCAACACCUUUUCUCAGAUCCCAGCCGUGCAUGACUUUGGCCUAUUCAUGGCCCUCAUUGUCAGCUGCGCCUGGCUUUGGGUGUCUGUCCUGAUGCCAGCAGCCCUGUGUAUCUGGACCCAGCAUGUGGAGCCUCACGAACAUGACUGGUUAAACUGCGUGAAGUUGCUCUUAGGCUUGUCAGCGAGCUACAGCCCUUUGUCAGAUGAGGAUGAUGAUGUGGCACUUCUGUCGGUGGACAUGGAGCCAGGCUCCUGUGACACAGACAGCGAUGCAGCCAUUCUUUCCCUCACAGUGGAGACACCAUUAUCCUCUACAGGACAGCAGCAUAUGGGUGUGGUUAGCACAAAACUCCAAUGGGGCCUGAAGCACUUAGUGGCUGUGCCUGCUGUGAGGCAUCGGAAAGCGGUUUUAGGCGUCUUUCUCCUGGUUCUGGUCUUCUCUGCGGGUUGCUGCUGUCUCCUGAGACCAGCCACCCAUGCCCCCCUCCUGUUCCGACAGGACACAAACCUUCAGACUCUGCUGGCUCUGCGCAGCAACCUCAGUGGUCAGGGAAUCUCCUGCCCCAUGUGCUCAGGUGUGUUCAUGGAAAAGCCCCACCUUCUGUACACACACACUCCUUCAGGUUUGAGGUUUUCCACACAUCAGCGAAGUCAAAGCCCAACAGCCUCAACUGCCCCCAAAAUCUCAAUCAAAACAAACCCAGGCACAAACACAACAGGCUCCUUGCUGACUGUGUACAUGUCAAAGCUGGUUCAAGGAGGCUCCACAACAAUCUACAGAUUCUCUCUGAACACCAGCGUCCCAUCACCGUGGAAAGUGUGCAGCACAGAGCACGAUGAGGUGUCGUCAUUCCAGGCAUUUAGUCAUCCCUUCGACAAUUACACCAGCAGAAUGACAGUGUGUAUUUCCAGAGAGUACCGGCCGUACCCCAGCUGGAUGCUCACGUCCAGCUCGUGUGAUCCCCGCCAUGGCUGGACUCCAGAGUUUUCUUUUUAUGUUGCAGUGUCUCUGCAGCAGAAUAGCAGGAGGCUUUAUUUUGCUCAGUGCCACCAGAGACCUCAUCCCAGCAGACUGUGUGUCAAAACGCCUGGUUGUGGCUUCAGUUCUGGGCCUGAUGGCCCCUUAAAGGGAUCUUUUUAUAGCCCUCUCCCCAGCGAUUCCUCAUCCGCUGCCAAGACAAAAGCAUCCAAAACGUCCGGCUUCAACCCGUGCAUGGGCGGUGCCUGUGGUCGCCCAGCUGUGCGUCCUCUGGUCGACACCGGGGCCAUGGUUUUCGUCGUGUUUGGGAUCCUGGGAGUGAAUCGAAGCGAAAACAGGGAAAACCAUGUGAUUGGAGACAUGGGCAGUGUUAUACUAGAUCCAGACUUUGAUAUUUUCAAAGAGAUGGGCCAUCUUUGCAAAAUCUGCAAAGCUGUCGGUGCCAACAGAAAACUGGUGAAGCCAGGAGGAGCUCAGUGUUUGCCCUCAGGAAACAAGCUCUCCUCUGUUCUUCCGCUGCUCCAUCCUGAGUGCCAAUCUCUGCCUGAACCCAACCUCCUCCCUGGGCAGCUCUCCCACGGAGCAGUAGGGAUGCAUGGAGGGAAGGUUCGCUGGUUGUCCAUGGCCUUUGAAUCGACCACAUACAAGGGGAAGUCCUCCUUUCAGACCUAUUCAGACUUCCUUCAGUGGGAGAACUUCAUCCAGGAGCAGCUUGCCAGCCUCCCACCCACCUCUGCUCUCCAGCGAGGUUUCCAGACAUGUGAGCACUGGAAGCAGAUCUUCAUGGAAAUUAUAGGUGUGGAAAGUGCCCUCUGGAGUCUCCUGCUCUCUCUUGGGAUCUGUGUGGCUGCUGUCUCUGUGUUUACAGCACAUCCUCUGCUGCUGCUGCCUGUGCUCAUCACAAUUAUAGGAGUGAUCUGUCUUGUCGUGGCUGUCAUGUAUUGGCUGGGAUGGGAGAUGGGAGCAGUGGAGGCAAUUUCUCUGUCAAUACUUGUCGGAUCUUCUGUGGAUUACUGUCUGCACCUGGUGGAGGGAUACCUGCUGGCUGGGGAGACGGCUUCCACGAUGCCUGGACAGAACUCUGAGCCUUCAGCUGAGCGGCAGAGGCGAACUUUGGAGGCAGUGAACCAUGUGGGCGUUGCCAUAGUGUCCAGCGCUGUCACCACAGCAAUCUCCACAGUCCCUCUUUUCUUCUGCGUCAUUGUGCCUUUUGCCAAGUUUGGUCAGAUCGUGGCCAUUAACACAGCUGUCUCCAUUUUGUUCACCUUGUUCGUGACCUCUGCCUUGUUGGCUUGCAUGGCUCCGGCCCAUUUCAACAGACAUCCCAGAGCAGUGCUUAAGGCCAGCCUAGCCGUGACGGCAGCUGCGGCCUUAGGAGGGGCUCUGUGCUGGACUGGCCGACAGCUGGGGGCAUCGGCCUGGCGAUCGCUCAGCUCAUAAACUUCACUGUCCUCUGCUCACACUGAUGUCAGACAUGAGUAAUGUAUUCUCCUUUACCUUCAAGGGGAUUAUUAGAUCAGAAAGUGAUCUUUAAAGCACAAAGAUGUCAACACAGCCUCAGUAAUUUAAAGCUAUUUGUUAUCCAAGAACAGAUUUUAGUAAUCAGCUAACCUGGGUUAUAAAAAACAAAACUUUUAUGUCUUGGAUAUCUUCUAAAAGUCCAGUGUAACUAUAUGACAAACGUUUUUAUAUUUUAUUUCACAACCACAUAUUUAUGUGUGAAGGGAUUUUUGUGACAGAUCAACACAAAGUAGCACAUAGCUGUGCAAUGGAUGGACACUGUAUAGUUUCCAAACCAUUUAAAAACCUGAAACUGUUUGUCUUCACCAGCUUUGCACAUUAAAGGUUUGAAACUUAUUCCCAUUUUUCUUAAAAGAAAAACACCUAAAACUGUGGAUUAAGAUAGUUUCUGUACAUUUUUGCGCUAUUUCUUUUAAAUAUAUGAGGAUUUUAACAGUCUUAAAUCUCUCCACAUUCCUUUGUAAUAAUAAUGAUUUACAAUAAACUUAAACUCCACUUACCAAUAAGGUGAGUGCUGCCCUGAAUUUUAUUUAGGGGUGUCAACAUUUUAUAGUUUCAGGUAUUAAAAUAUUGGAAAAAA